CAAAACUACAUACCAAAUUUAGUCUUUUUCUCUCUCUCACUCACUCACUCUCUCUCUCUCUCUCUCCAUAAAUGAAUCGCCACCACUCAUCUCCGCCGGUCGCCGGACGGCCCCCAUCGCACCACCGUCGCUCCGCCUCUCCAUUCCACAUCCACUUUUAAAAGAGUACACCUUUUACUCUCCCCUCAUUCUUAUUUAAUUUCCCCCAAAUUACUAAUCUAGGGUUUUGUUUUUAUUUUCAUUUUAUUAUUAUCAUUAUUAUUCUUAUCAAUAGUCGAAAAAUUAGGGCUACUGAUCUCACUCAAUUCAUAGAUUUAUAGUAAUCACACGAUUCAAUUAUCAAUUAUCAAUUAUGUUGAAAAAUUUGAUCAAACGAGGGCAAAAGAAACCCUCGAAACCCGAUACGGAUGGUUUCGGUAAUGUUUCGGGUGGAAAUCGGCAAUCGGAAUCUGUAUCGAGUUCGAAUGUUGUUGUAAAUCAGUCUAAUCAAGGUGCUGUUGGUGCGGCUGCUUCCGCUGCUUCGGGCCCUAAUAAUUUGGGGCCAGGAGGAGCUGCGGGGGCGGUUAUCGAACCGCUGCCGAUGUUUCGAGACGUUUCGGUGUCGGAACGACAGCAUUUGUUCGUUAGAAAGUGUCAGGUUUGCUGUGUCCAGUUUGAUUUUUCGGAUACGUUGAAGAUGGUUAAGGAAAAGGAGAUUAAGCGGUUGAAUCUUGUCGAGCUUGUGGAUUAUGUUCAGUCGGGAUCGGGGAAGAUUGCGGAGAGUAAUCAGGAGGAAAUGGUUCGGAUGAUUUCGGUUAAUGUGUUUCGGUGUUUACCUCCGAGCUCUCAUGAACAUACAGGGUCGGAAAACGUUGAAGCGGAUGAGGAAGAACCGUAUCUUGACCCGUCGUGGUCGCAUUUGCAGCUUGUUUACGAGCUUUUGUUGAGGUAUGUUGUGUCGUCGGAUACUGACGCGAAAGUUGCGAAACGGUUUAUCAACCACUCGUUUGUUUUGAAGUUGUUGGAUAUGUUUGACUCUGAGGACCCGCGUGAACGUGAGUAUUUGAAAACUAUUUUACACCGAAUUUACGGGAAGUUUAUGGUGCAUCGCCCGUUUAUUAGGAAAGCGAUCAAUAACAUCUUUUACAGGUUCAUAUACGAAACGCAAAGGCAUAAUGGUAUUGGUGAGUUGUUGGAAAUACUUGGAAGUAUAAUUAACGGUUUUGCGUUACCAUUGAAAGAAGAGCAUAAGUUGUUUCUUAUGCGGGCACUUAUACCGCUUCAUAAACCGAAAUCUAUUGCUAUGUAUCAUCAGCAGCUUUCGUACUGCAUCAUUCAGUUUGUAGAAAAGGAUAGCAAGUUGGCAGAUACGGUUAUUACGGGUUUGCUUAAGUAUUGGCCGAUUACUAACUGUCAAAAGGAGACGCUUUUUCUUGGAGAACUCGAAGAAGUAUUGGAGGCGACACAGGCUACUGAAUUCCAACGGUGUAUGGUUCCUCUUUUCAGACAAAUAGCUCGGUGUCUUAAUAGCCCUCAUUUUCAGACAGCAGAACGAGCUCUAUUUUUGUGGAACAACGAGCAUAUCGUCAGCUUAAUCGCUCAAAACCGCAAUGUGAUUUUACCAUUAGUAUUUGAAGCACUCGAAAACAACAUUCAAUCUCACUGGAAUCAAGCAGUGCAUGGAUUAACCGUCAACGUGCGUAAAAUGUUUCAAGAAAUGGAUGCAAAGUUGUUUGAGGAUUGCCAGAAGCAGUAUGCUGAGAAGCGGGCCCACGUCGACGAGGCAGCCAAGCAGCGUGAGCUGACGUGGCAAAAACUUGAUGCUGCUGCUGGCCCCCACCAAAUAAGGUGAGGGAUUUUCACUGUUGUGUUGGUUUUUCCUUUUUUUUUUGUGGUUAAAACUACAUCAAUGAUUAUUAGGCGAAAAACGGUCUAUGUAAUUUUAGAUAGCAUAUUAAGUAUACUUUUGCUGUUACAAUAUUUGAUUUGUUCUUUCUUUCCAAAGAAAUGUGUUAAAUUUUGUGUGUUUUUGGUUUA